AUGAGACCAUUAGCAUUAAGAGGCCAUACAAGAGGUAUUACACAAGUUAAAUUUAAUCUAGAGGGAGAUAUUUUUGUUUCAGCAGGUAAAGAUACCGAUGCUUCAGUCUGGUUCUCUCAUAACGGUGAAAGGUUAGGCACUUUGAUUGGCCACAAUGGGUCUAUUUUCAGUGUUGAUAUCGAUAAAGACAGUAAAUACUGUAUUACUGCCUCAUCAGACGAAACAGUUAAAUUAUGGAAUUUGAAAACAGGUGAGAUUUUUGAUGAAAUCAAAUUUCAAUGUCCAGUUUAUAGAGUUGAAUUUUCUCCAGAUGGUUCAAAGAUUUUAAUUGUUACAUCCACCUUAAUGAAAUCCAAAGGUCAUUUAAUUGUUCACAAUAUAGAUAGAUCAGCAAAUAUUAUUGAAAAGGAGCCUGUUUUUUCUAUUGAAACACACGAAGAAUACAAACCCAUUCAAGUUGCAUCCUGGAGUUAUAAUGGCAGGUAUAUUGCUGCUGGUCGUACCGAUGGCAGUUUGAGUAAAUUUGAUGGUGAAACUGGUCAAGUUUUAAAACAUGUUCCUAACUUGCAUGAAGAUAUAAUUAAGGAUAUUCAAUUUUCACAGGAUCGUACGUAUUUUAUUACCUCAUCUAGAGAUAAAUCUGCCAAGUUGAUCGACAUUAUUACAAUGGACACAUUAAAAAGUUAUGACACCGAUUCUGCUCUAAAUAGUGCUUGCAUUACUCCAGUCAAAGAAUUUGUUAUAUUAGCAGGUGGUCAAGAUGCUAAAGAUGUUACUACAACUUCUUCUAGGGAGGGUAGGUUUGAAAGUAGAUUUUUCCAUAAAAUUUUUGAAGAUGAAAUAGGUAGAGUUUCUGGUCAUUUUGGUCCUAUAAACUACGUUGCUGUUUCUCCCCAAGGCACUAGUUUCGUUUCCGGUGGGGAGGAUGGUUUUGUUAGAUUACACCAUUUUGAUAAAUCUUACUUUGAUUUCAAAUACGAGGUUGAAAAGACAGCUGAAGCUGAACAAGAAAGUGCUGCCAACAACGGUAAAGUUUCUGUAGACGCUUAA